AUGGGCACUGCCUAUAUGGAACUGACAUCCCAAUUUUAUGCUAACUUGCACGAGCCCGAUUAUGUAAACUGUACUUUCAAGACUCAUGUUGAAGGAAAAGUAAUUGUUGUGGAUCGUAAAGUUAUUGCUCAUCUCCUGGACUUGACUCAUGUUGGUGACUUUAUUUUACCUCCUCCCGAGCACCUGAUACCUUCUCCAAAUGUGAUCUCAAGUUUCCUUCUUGCAAGGGAUGUUUCCUGGAGUGAUGCCUUAGCACUCAAGAGAGUUGGAGUGAAGAGUUUAGUGUUAGAAAGAGCAAAUGAGCUGAGAGUCACUGGUGGUUCUCUAACUCUUUUCCCAAAUGCUUGGGUUGCUCUUGAAGCACUUGGUGUUGCUCACAAACUUACUGCCGUCUACAAACCUUUCAAAAGGGGAGAAGUUACUAAUAUUGCAAAUGGAGUUACCCAGGAGAUUCUGUUUACAACUGAUGAAGGGGAUGAGUGGUUGACAAGAGGACUUAGGUCUGUGCAUAGGAGAGCCUUACUUGAAGCCCUGUCAGAAGAACUACCAGCUGAUACAAUCCGUUACUCGUCCAGGCUUCGCUCAAUCGAAAAAGCGGAAACACGUAACGGUGCAGAUUCGUACGGGGUGAUUAUUCAUUUUGAAGAUGGGACUAAUAUCCAUACCAAGGUUUUGAUAGGGUGUGAUGGUGUCCAUUCUGUGGUGGCAAAGUGGUUGGGGCUUAAAACACCGGUCUCUUCAGGUCGAUAUGCCGUGCGUGGAUUAGGAGUGUUUCCUGAAGGUCAUGGAUUGAAACAUGAAGUUCAGCAAUUUGUUGCAGAAGGCCAAAGAUUCGGUAUCAUGCCAAAUACUAACAAUGACGUCUUCUGGUUCAUGACUUAUCAAUCCACCCCCAGUGCAGAAGAAGAGAUGGCAAAAGGAGACCCAAAAAUCAUACAAAAGACAAUGUUAGAGAAAAUACCCGAUUCUGCACAAAUAGUCAAAGAUGUUAUACAACAUGCUUACAUGCCAAGUUUAUCAUGGGGACCCCUGCAGUUCAGAUACCCAUGGGAUCUUCUUUUUGGUAAAGUCUCGAACGGUACAAUAACCGUGGCAGGUGACGCAAUGCACCCAAUGACACCAGACCUUGGUCAAGGUGGUUGUUCGGCAUUAGAAGACGCGGUGGUGUUGGGACGCCAUAUAGGAAAUUCGUACAUCAGAAACGGUGGAACGCUAUCACAGGAGGAUUUAGAGGUUGAAAUAGGAAUGUAUGUCAAGGAGAGGAGAUUUAGAACAGCUGGUUUGAUUACUGGCUCAUACAUUUCAGGUUGGGCUCAACAAGGGGGUGGUGGUGUUGGUAUAAUCUCAUCAUCAAGACUUGUAGGAUGGUUGACAAAGUUUGUUCGAGAUACGGUAUUUUAUAAGAUAGGAUUCCGCCGGUUAGUUGGUUUGGUGCAGUAUGAUUGUGGAAAGUUACCUACUGGUUCAACUUCAUGUGGAAAUUGA